AAAGACGACGACUCAACCAUGGCGGGCAGAUCGACGGCGGCGACACAGCGGAACCCCCCGCAGCGCCGGCGGAUUUCCAACUCCUCGAACCCCAAAAUUCUCAAGGGCCCUAAAUUACUCUUCGCUUCCGCCUUGCUCCUCUGCGAUUCGUUCCUCGUAGCCCUUAUCGUCGCCUAUGUCCCCUAUACGAAGAUAGAUUGGGACGCGUACAUGUCACAAGUUAGUGGGUUUCUUGGUGGAGAGAGAGACUAUGCGAACUUAAAAGGGGACACAGGGCCGCUGGUCUAUCCUGCUGGUUACCUGUACUUUUAUUCUGCUAUUCAGUAUGUUACAGGAGGCCAAGUUUAUCCAGCUCAGAUUUUGUUCGGGAUUUUGUACAUUGUAAACUUGGGGAUCAUUUUGUUCAUCUAUGGGAAGACUGAUGUGGUUCCAUGGUGGGCUUUUACCUUGCUUUGUCUAUCGAAAAGGGUGCAUUCGAUUUUUGUGCUUCGUCUUUUUAAUGACUGUUUGGCCAUGAUGCUCUUGUAUGCUUCGUUGGCUGCACUUCUUUACCAAAGAUGGCAUCUUGGACUGAUCAUUUUCAGUGGAGCUGUUUCAAUAAAGAUGAAUGUGCUUCUCUAUGCUCCACCUCUACUACUCCUCAUGUUAAAGGCUAUGAGUAUCAGUGGAGUGAUAUCAGCUUUAGCUGGUGCAGCGUUACUACAGAUACUGUUGGGGAUGCCUUUCAUCAUGUCUCAUCCAUUUGCAUACAUCUCAAGAGCCUUUAAUCUCGGUCGAGUCUUUAUCCACUUCUGGUCUGUUAAUUUCAAGUUUGUUCCUGAGCCAAUAUUUGUAUCGAAGGCAUUUGCAAUCUCUUUGCUGAUUGCUCACCUUGGUUUGCUCACAGCUUUUGCUCAUUAUAGAUGGUGCAUGCAUGAAGGCGGACUCUUCAAAUUUUUGUAUUCUAGACUUGAUCCUUUAAAACUCAAAUUUGCUCUGACAAGUUCAUUCCCUUUGAAGAAGUCCUCUAAUAGCCAUUCAUCCACCAGAGUUCUUAGGAAAGAAUAUAUUGUGACUACUAUGUUUGUCGGGAAUUUCAUCGGCAUUGUAUGUGCUCGAUCAUUGCAUUAUCAGUUCUACUCUUGGUAUUUCCAUAGCUUACCUUAUCUAUUGUGGAAAACGCCUUUCCCCACAGUACUGCGUGUAAUGUUGUUUAUUGGGGUGGAGUUUUGCUGGAACGUCUUUCCUUCUAGCAUGUACUCGUCGGCAAUGCUUCUUUUUCUCCACCUAGUAAUACUGGUCGGUCUUUGGUCCGCCCCACCUGAAUAUCCUUAUGUGGACGACAAAGCAUCGACUGAAAACAAAGAUAAAUGAUGCUGCAUUUACUAGUUCUUCUUAAACAACGCUUAUACAGACGAUACUAAAUCCGCUGAUGUAGAACAAAGGCAACUUCCAGCUUCUUUUUCUUCCCUUGUACUCUACCAAGCAUUAGGAUUUUGUUUCUUCUCUUGAAAUUGUUGUUCCGAAUAGUGCUCUUCUUGUUUUGGGGACACAGUCGGGUUUCGGAAUCGAAGACUUCCGAUGUUUAGCUUAUAAAUGGAGAAUUUGAAAGUAUUAGACGAUUGACCAACUAGCUCUUGAUCUAGUAUUACUUCUCUUUCGAUUUUUGAAUGAGGUUUGAAUUUUGAUCGAGGAAGAUGGUGGAAGUUAAUUC